AACAAGUGGCAUCCGGCGCCAGAUGCAGCGCGUGCUGGCAGCCGGCGCGAUUGAUGUCGGGGUAGCGCCCUCGUCGAUAACAGCGGCUCACAACACUAGCACAGGUCCUAGUAAUUCUGCGACCGCAAACGGAUCUGCACCUGCCCGGCACACGCAACACAAUCGGGCCGUCUCUACUUCGAGUGCAGCUGUUAACGAAGGAGCCUCCAAUGCGAAAAAGACGAAGUCAGCAAAUAACGCUGCGCUCGAAGCAACUGCAACUAGUUCAGUUCUAUCGACUUCGGCGUCUGACAUUCGCACCAAGUUGCGGACGCUGCUCUUCGCAGGAGCGCCGCCCGACGGUCGCCUGCCGAACGAACCUAAUGGCCCUCCCUUGGCCCCGCAGCAACCGGCAAUUGGGCGUGGACAGAACGUAGAGGGUGACAGGAACCGCGACAUGACAGGUAAAGAGAAGCUGUGGGAUCCAGGCUGCGUGAGAUCACCGGAAAGGUCAACAUUAGGAACUAAAGUAGCGACAUGCUCUGCGCAAAUCGCUGCUUCAUCAUUCAGUGGAGUGACAUCAAGUUGUGAAGCCACAUUUCAAGAAAGCCAUGACUGUACUACGCUGCCUUCGGAAGUGGUGCCUCCACCGAUGAACCCCAUCGCUUCUACUUCUGGAGCCCCGUCAGCGUGGCUCGGCAAGGAACCUUCGGUCCAAGAUUUGCAUCUCUUCAACGUUGCGCCCCCCACUGGAAGAUCGAUGCCGGUAUCUGCAAGAGAUCACAAAGUAGGAGGCCGCACUCCCAGCAGUGCCAUCGGAGAUUCGGGUGCUGUGCUUUUCCUAAACAAGACGCGGCGCUCCUCCGCUCUCAUGCAAAGCCCGACGCCCGGCGCCUUCGGGACCACGAAGACGAAUGUCAAAGCGUUUCCUUCUUCUAGUGCCUCAUCCUCUACUUCGUCCGCGCGUCUAACGAGGCGCUACACGACUGGUGGAAGCCAUCUGUAUCAGAGACAAGUGACAAUGCAAAUGGUUCUUGUGGUGCUUGAUCAGAAGGUAGAGGUAGUACAGUUGACACUGAUUCUUGUAAAAUCUCACCGUCGAUGUCGAACUCGAAAGGGAACGCGAACGGUCUGAUAGUCUUACUGUAUUGCUACUUCACGGGUCUUGGGCGAGGCCUUGUAGCACCACGAGCACGAAUUGCGUAGAAGAGUGUGAUCAUGCAUUUCAUUCGUCCUCCUGGUAUACUUGGCUAUCCUCCCCCGCUUUCGGCACUCCGACCACCAGAUCCAAGCUGGAGCGCAGCGCCGCCCUUGCCACUAGUUGCGGCUCACCCGGCGAGAAAAAGAGCGACCACAUGCGGCUUGAGCUCGCGCAGUACGAUCUGCACGCGACGACCAAGGCAACAGCGAACGCGAGAGCGGGAGCGGGAGCGCCCUGUUUUAUGUCGCAGCGAGUAACAACAACAUCUCCUCUCACUCCGGGUCGCGGCGGAGCCGUGAAGAAUGACAAUGAAGAUGAGUCAACGGAAACCACAAAUAAUCCUGACGAAAGCGUCAGCAUCUUGACGACAGCUGGGUGCGUCCUAGCAGAGACCGAAAGAUGCAUCGCAGACACGGAAAAGUGCAUCGCUGACAUCGAGUUUACUUUCUCUGCGCCUAGUGAACAGGGUACGCCUGCGACUUCCUACCUUUUUGCUGCAUCUGCAAAUUCAUCUGCGGCCGCACAAAUGCUUGCGCCGAAGCAGCGGGAAGCAGGCACACAUGAGGUAUGAUGUGCCGGUGGAGCAUAUUAAUGUUGCUAUGGUAUUGGUUUAGGUCUAGAAGAUGAUGAUGAAAAUAAAGUCCUCUACUAGUCAUCUUCGCGAAUAACUCCGACGUAAUUUCGCAAUUUCCGUAGAAGCAGUUACAACAGUCAUAAAGAUCUACUUUCUCCGCUCAGUUGUCCUGCCAUCGUUUUUCACAGGACAACCGCACAUCAAAGGAGCGACCACCACCUGCAUCUUCUACGCCUACCAGCCCUCCUGUGGCUGCGCAGCACCAUCCACGAGGACGGACAAGCCAGUGCGAUCAUGCCACGGACGAGCGUAGUUUUCUUGCACGGGCGUCCUUGCACAUGCUGCAGCAUCACGCAUCAAGCUCGGGCGACAAGGACAACGAGGUUCUUGGGAAAAAAACGCGUCAUGUGAAGGCACCCACGUCGUCCUCCUUGUCAGAAGUAGACGCAAACGGAGUUCGGGCGCAGCAAGAUAAAGGAGAAGCUUCUAUCGCUUGGCAGCGGGGCAAUUCCCGCUGCUCUCCGUCAUCAUCACCCAAGUCGUUCUUGGGAGGCCAGCUUCUGCAAAACGAAAGCAAGAACAACAACGACGGGACAGCGGCAGGGUCACGCUCACGUAACGCCCCGAGUAGCAGGUCUUCUCCCGGUUCUUGUGCACCUCUCCUGGCAGCGGUAUCACAGUUGAAGAAAAGCUACGGGCUUUCCGCCGGUCUGAAGGCUGGCGUGGCUACUCCGGCUUCUGCGAAGAAAACCACGCGCCCACACGAUAGUGUUGAUGCAAAGAGCAGACCUUCCUCGACCACGGGGGAAGACGUAGUUCAGGCUCUGUGGCAGCCGCCGGCACUACCUGCCACCCUCUCGUCCGAACGCCCACGGGUACACGAAAGUCCUCUAGUAGUUCAAAGCGCUGCCAGCAAAAAUGGCGUCGCAGGAAGCUACUUGUCGAUGAUCGCAAAUUCGAAGCGUCGGUACAUGCCGUCAAAGCAGAACGGUCGCGGCUCCGGAAAUUCUGCAGGAAUAGGCGCGGAUGGAUACGAGAAGAGGAAGGGAAAGGGUAUUACGGCAACGAUGGAACGGACCCGGCACACUAAUACACAAAUGUCAAAAGAAUAAGGAGCUCAGCUGGCGAACCCCACGGAGUCAACUAAGUAUGUAUUUCUAGUGCGAGUGCGGCGCUGCCUUUUUGUUUUUGCGAAAAAAAAAAACUAUUGCAGCUAUAGACUUCGUCGAACAACAACAAGUCACGACCACUCCAUCUUUUUAUGUCUGAAAGUUUAUUUUCAAAAGCAUAGCCCCACAAGUGACAGAAAAUCAAUAACGUACAUCAAAAACAAUGAAACUAGAAGAGACAAACUACGUCGAAAUGCACUUUCCGUCGUGCAAAACGAUCGGAGAACAAGAGAAGUCAAAAUCAAAGAGUGCAUUCACUUUAGAGUAAAGGAACAAAAAGAAAACAAGAGGAAUACACAGCAACUCC